AUGAUCAUGAACAAGAAGAAGGAAUACUUUGCUUUACUUUUGGCGGGUAAGUUUUUGGCGGGUGUCGCAAGUGGUGUGAUCGAUGACCAUCUUUGUGAGGUCAUUGUUGGGGAUCCUAGGCGAAGGAGACAUCUUUCUCACUUCUUUCGCGGAUGGCAGUUUUACAUUUGCAUCAUUUUAGUGCCAAGCAUAAUCGCUGCAUUUGGAGUUCAGGCAAGUUUGGAAGGAAUGGCACUGCGUUGCCAUUUGGCCGAUCAAAUAAAGGUCCCCCUUUGCAUGACACCUAUUCUGCUGAUCCUGUUGUUGACAACCGCAGAUGAUUCGUUCAGCUCUAAGAGUCACAAAGAUCUUGUUCGAAAUUUAUCUGUUCCUAUGGUUGCUGAUCUUUUCGAUGCUAUUGAAAUGUUGAACAACGCGUUUGAGAGCUCUUUGGGAGCCUUUGAUCUUUCUAGAAUAUUUCUGGUGAUUGGGGCAAUCAUUACAGUCAUUGUCUCGUCAUUGCAAAUGGCUGAAUACGAAUUCAUUGAAGGCGUUGAAGGGGAAUCCAACGAACAAAUACGCUAUAAACCAAACGUUUUUCGCAAAAUUGUUGAAUUAGUUACAAACUUGGUAGCCCUAACCAUUCGCCUGGAGGUUCUUAUUGUACAUGGAAAGCGCAGUGCCACCGUCGGCACCGUCGUCAUCUUUAAGAAUUUCAUUGCCAUAAUUUUGUCUGUGAUGCACAUCUGCUCUCUAACACCACCGAGACAAGCCUUGAAAGACUAA